AUGACAAGCACUCCCAACUCCAGUAAACGCGCAAGAGAAGACGAUCCUGAUGCCGGCGCUGAUGAUGCCGCUGAUACAAAGGCUGUUUUUGUCACCAAUCGUGAAGCUGAUUUCAAUGAGAAUACUUUUUGGAUGAUCGACUUUGACAACUACAGUGGCAAUCAAGGAGCUACAAUCUUGGUCAAGCGAUGCAUGCGAAACUACGGUUGGAACUUGGAAAAGGCCAAGACUAUCCUCAAGGCGUACCGUCAGUUCUUGUCAUUGAAAAAGGACUUUGGAGACUGGGAUGCAAAGCUACUAUCGCCUUCUCACCUUGUGGAUCAAAUGUGGCGUCAGCAUAUUCUCGACAUUGGCAACUAUUGCCACGAUAUGAUGAUGCUAUGUGGUCGGGUUGUCUUGCACAAUGCUGAUGGAGCAUUGGAAAUUCAGGCAAAGAAGACAAGAGACGAGAAAAUACGCUCGGAAUUAUUGAAGAAGUUUGGAUCGGAGAAUGUAGACCGUGCAAUUUGGGACUUUCCUGAGGAAAAGAAGAGAACUAUGUUUGGCGAUUGCUCCAGAGCAGCCAAUCCGAUCCCAGCAGACAUUACUAUUUGCAUUAAGGAUAAAGCCAAUGGAGAGGCGUUUUUCAAGAUGAAUAGGAACCAUUCAAUGGGUGCUGUAUUCCAGCUAUAUGCCGAAAGAAAGGGAAUAGAGAAAAAGUAUAUCCGAUUUGUUCGAAACGGUGACCGAAUUGCUGACAGCAGCACCCCGGAUUCUCUUGGACUAACUGACAUGGACCAAUUGGAUGCGGUCCUGGAUCAACGUGGAUGA